UUGUGAGUAUUCACUUUCAUUAUUUAUUGAGAUUUGAGAGUAUUGCAUGGGUGAUUCAUUUCCUUAGUUGACAGUUCAAAAUAAUAAAAUGACCGAAAAACAGAAUUCGGGUUCGGAUCCGACCAGACCGCUUUUGCCCAAAGAUGACGACCGGAAUUCCACCGAACACGACGGUCGGAGAAACCGUUUCAGUCGCCGGAACUCUGUUAACUCCCUCAGAUCCGCUUUCUUGUCCACGCUUCCUGAUAAAGUCCGUUCUAACCUCGACUCUGAGUCUCCUUUCGAUGCUGAUUUCUCCAACGCCACUGCUUUAAGCCAAGGAGAGAAAGAGUAUUAUGAAAAACAAAUAGCUACUUUGAAAUCAUUUGAGGAAGUGGAUACUGUGGUAGAAUCUGACUGCAUUGAGGAUGAUGAUAAAGAGGAGCAGGCGAAACAAGAAAGAGCUAUGAAGGUUUCAAAUUAUGCAAACAUAGUUUUGUUGAUAUUGAAGACUUAUGCGACGAUAAGGAGUGGGUCAAUAGCUAUUGCAGCGUCAACUUUAGAUUCUCUGCUCGAUCUAAUGGCUGGUGGGAUACUUUGGUUCACUCACAUAGCUAUGAAGAACAUAAAUAUCUAUCAAUAUCCUAUUGGAAAACUGAGGGUACAGCCAGUAGGCAUAAUUGUUUUUGCUGCUGUCAUGGCCACACUUGGUUUUCAGGUAUUGUUCACGGCUGUAAAACAACUAAUAGAAAACAGUCCUGGCGAAAAAAUGACAGCUGAGCAACUAAUAUGGUUGUACUCUAUCAUGAUAUUUGCAACUGUGGUGAAGCUUAUACUCUGGUUUUACUGUAGAAGCUCAGGAAACAAGAUUGUCCGUGCCUAUGCAGAUGAUCACCACUUUGAUGUCGUGACAAAUGUAGUUGGAUUAGUAGCGGCUAUUCUUGGUGAUAAAUUUUACUGGUGGAUUGAUCCGGUAGGAGCUAUUUUGCUUGCAAUUUACACUAUCACAAAUUGGUCUCGCACUGUCAUGGAAAAUGCAGUUUCACUGGUGGGACAAUCAGCACCUCCUGAAGUUUUGCAGAAGCUGACAUAUCUCGUUAUAAGGCACCCUGGAAUUAAACGUGUUGACACUGUCCGCGCAUAUACAUUUGGCGUUUUAUAUUUUGUAGAGGUAGACAUUGAACUGCCAGAAGAUUUACCCUUAAAAGAAGCACAUGCCAUUGGAGAGACUCUACAAAUAAAGCUUGAGAAACUUCCAGAAGUUGAGCGAGCAUUUGUUCAUCUAGACUUUGAGUGUGACCACAAACCAGAGCACUCAGUUCUAAGUAAACUACCGAACAAUCAGCCUUAAGCACGUUUCAACGUUUCGUGCAUAAGAAGAAAUGCACACACUUUUGUAAUUGAGUCUUCACCAAUGAUUUCAAAGUGAAGAUUGAAACUGUAAAAGAGAAGGAUCCAGCUGUUUAUUUAUAUGGAAGCUGAUAAGGUAACCAAACUGUUGCUAGAAUUCGAGUUACGUUUAAUCCAAAUACAUUCUGUUGUAGUUCUAUUAGUUUCAUUAGUUCUUUUAUAGUUCAUUUUGGAAUCACACACAGUGUAUUUAAGGCUACUUGUUGUGUUGUACUUGUAUCCUUAAUAAUAUAUAAAUGCCUCAGUUUCUUGAGAUACAA